UUAGAACCCUGAAAGACGAUCAACUGUUGGGUGAUCUGCAAGACGAUCAUGACUGGGAUAAAAUAUCAAAUAUCGAUUUUGAAGGUUUGCGUCAGGCCGAUGAUUUGAAGAGGUUCUGGCAGAACUUUUUGCACCCGUCCAUUAACAAAUCGGUGUGGAAGCAAGACGAGAUUUAUAAACUACAAGCAGUCGCAGAAGAGUUCAAGAUGUGCCAUUGGGAUAAAAUCGCAGAGGCUCUUGGGACCAACAGAACAGCUUUCAUGUGCUUCCAGACCUACCAGCGCUACAUUUCAAAGACAUUCAGAAGGACUCAUUGGACAGAAGAGGAAGACGAUCUCCUCAGAGAACUUGUUGAAAAAAUGAGGAUCGGGAACUUCAUUCCUUACAUACAGAUGUCACAUUUUAUGGUGGGUCGUGAUGGAUCUCAGUUGGCAUAUCGCUGGACAUCUGUCCUGGAUCCCUCAUUAAAGAAAGGCCCUUGGUCCAAAGAGGAGGACCAGUUGUUGCGGAACGCUGUGGCAAAGUAUGGGACCAGAGAAUGGGGGAGGAUUAGAACGGAAGUGCCAGGCAGGACCGACAGUGCUUGUCGAGACAGGUAUUUGGAUUGCCUUCGGGAGACUGUGAAAAAGGGAACAUGGAGCUAUGCAGAGAUGGAAUUAUUAAAAGAAAAAGUUGCAAAAUAUGGUGUCGGCAAAUGGGCCAAGAUUGCCUCUGAGAUCCCAAAUCGAGUUGACGCUCAAUGCCUUCACAAGUGGAAAUUAAUGACACGAUCUAAAAAACCCCUAAAAAGACCACUAUCAAGCAUAACAACAAGCUAUCCAAGAAAUAAACGACAAAAAUUGCUGAAAACAGUUAAAGAAGAGAUGUUUUUCAACUCCAGCUCUGAUGACGAAAGCCAGAUAAACUAUAUGAACAGUGACGAAUCAGACGAUCUCGCAGAAGAUGAAAAUCUGGAAAUACCACAGAAGGAAUACGUGCAAACAGAAAUGAAGGAAUGGAUUCCUAGAAAUGCGAUGGUAUGGACGAUUACUCCAGGAAGUUUCAGAACAUUAUGGGUCCGUCUUCCCACCAAUGAAGAGGAGCUACGGGAGUCCACUAAAGAGUCCGGCUUAGGCUCCGAUUCUUCAGAGAACAGCGCGUGUCCAAAUGAUGAGCCCAUAAUGGAGCGCAACACCAUUCUGGACCGCUUUGGAGACGUGGAAAGGACUUACGUUGGCAUGAAUACUGUUGUCUUGCACAGACGGACUGACGAUGAGAAGGCCAUGUUCAAAGUGUGCAUGAGUGAUGUUAAACAAUUCAUUCAAAUGAAAGCAACAGAAUUCGCUGUGAAGAAAAAGAAGAAAAUAAAAAAUAAAAAAAGGACUUUACGGGAUGUGUUUAGCCUUAAUACUGACCUCCAAAAAGCUGUCAUCCCAUGGAUUGGUAAUGUGAUCAUAUCUACUCCAGCGAAUGAAGCCAUCUUUUGUGAAGGGGAUAUUGUUGGAAUCAAAGCAGCAAGCAUCAGGCUCCAGAAGACAUCAGUGUUUACAUUUUUUAUCAAAGCUUUUCACGUUGAUGUCAAUGGUUGCAGGACUGUCAUUGAAAUUCACAAAAAGCUAGAUAUUAAGAUGCCACUUGCAAUAAACGGUAAUCCUAAACCUACUCCAAUAAGCACUUCUCCAAAAACAGUGGCAGUUCUGCUUCAGCAGUCAAAAGCAGCAUCUGAGCACAAGAAACCUGCAGAACCUUCUCAACAACCAUCACUACCACCUUCUCAAAAACCUUCUCUACCACCUUCUGUACCACCUUCUCAACAACCAACUCUACCACCUCCUUCUCAACCGUCUCAACCACCUCCUCAACCACCUUCUCUACCACCUUCUCAACCACCUGCUCAACAACCUCCUCAACAACCUUCUCUACCACCUCCUCAACCACCUUCUCUACCACCUCCUCAACCACCUUCUCUACCAACUUCUCAACAACAAUCUCUACCACCUUCUCAACAACAUUCUCUACCACCUUUUCAAAAUCCUUCUCUACCACCUUCUCAACAACCAUCUCUACCACCUUCUAAACAGCCUCCUCAACCUUUGCCAGUCAGGCAAAUAACAACUCCAACUUUGAUUUAUCCCAAUAAUCUUGUUAUUACAAACCCAAACAUGGAGGGGGAAGUGCAACAUUUAGUGUUUAAAGGAUUAUUACUACCACAGCAACCAUCAAAAGCUGUAUCACACAUUCCUCUACCGGUAAUGCAACCGAAAACACCAGCACAACCUAUUGUAGUCUCCAAAUCGCCAAGUGUGCAGGACUCAAACAGUGUCAAGUCUUCAAAACGUAUCUGUAAGCCUACCAAGAAAGCUCAGGCCCUAAUGGAACAAUCUAAAGUAAAAAGUAGGAAAAAAGAGCCUCAGAAACAAAACCAGGGCAAUAAAAAUGUUGUUUUCCCAACUGUUACAUUGCAGACAUCGCCAGUAAUCAAGAUUCUGAGCCCCGCCAGGUUGGUACAAGUAACUGGUCUUUCUCCUAAUUUCUCAAGCAACCAGACAAUAAACAUGCCAGACAAGUCCCUCACAAUCAAAAGUCCUCAACCAUGCAGCUCGGGCAAUCUACACCAGUCUGCCCCUGUGGUUGUUCAUUCCUCUACAAAUCCUACCUUUGUACAUUCUUCAGUCUCAAAUGUAUCCAGAGAUAACCUUAAUGUUUCCUCCACUAUAAACAUUAGCCCCAGAGUCUCUAGAGAUGCCCUAAACCCUACUUCUUUUCUGAAUUCAACUACUUUUCCAUUACCACAGAAUCUAAGUGUGCAACAGAGCGUUCAGAUUGUACCCCAAAUACCCAUCAAUGUGGUCCACAAAGCUACAUGCACUAAAGCAGCAAAGACCUCAUCAGAUUCCUCCUCUGAUGAAAGCGUUGUAAAGCAACAUCAGUUAUCUCCGUCCACCGGUCGCAGUAUACCUCCUGCAGUUUUCAACAUUCAACCAAAUCCCUCGACUCCGCCAACUUUGUCCAGUGGACCAGUCAUAUUUAAUCCCAAUAAUAAAGUUGUAGCACCAAAGCUUUGCGGUUUAAAUGUGAGCUCCAGUCAACUGCCAACUGUCAGCACUCAGAAAACAAAGUACAGACCUAUCAGACCUCUGGGUCCAUUACCUGUUGUAGCUCCUCCAUCUCGGAAAGUAACUUCAAUGUCUCGGAUUAGAGCUCAAUCAGAAGGUGAACCACUGAUCUCUCUUCGUGAUCUUCCUGCUGCUGGUGUGAACUUUGAUUCUCACUUGAUUUUCCCAGAGAAGUCAUCUGAAGUAGAUGACUGGAUGGAUGGGAAAGGUGGAAUCCCGCUUCCUCAUCUAGAUACAUCCUUACCUUACCUUCCACCAUCUGCUGCCACCAUCAAAACAAUGACUGACUUGCUCCGAGCCAAACAACCACUGCUUUUAGCUGCUAAGAAAGUCCUGCCAGCUCAGUAUCAGGAUGAGUGCAAUGAAGAAGUAGAAGUGGAAGCCAUUCGCAAAGUGGUUGCUGAAAGGUUUGCCUCAAAUCCGGCAUACCUACUUUGUAAGGCUCGUUUUUUGUCGUGCUUUACCUUACCAGCCCUUUUGGCCACCAUAAACCCCUGUGAGGAACGUCAGUUAUUGAGUGAGGACGAUGAAGAGGAUGACCAUUUGGCCACCAUAAACCCCUCUGAAGAACAUCAGUCAUCCACUGAGGAUGAUGAAGAGGAUCUUCAGACAAAUGAAAGAAGUCAGCCGCCAACUGCAAGGACUGAACUUAACAUGAAUGAAAAUGAAGCAUCAGCAAAACAGUUCUCAGGAAUUGGUCCAAAAAGGCAACGGAAUCAGCGAAUUAAAAGAUUAAUUAAAUAAGGUUAUACUACAUACUACACUUUCUGUUGUUCAGUAUUUCUUCCAGAGAAUGCAGAACUAAUAGCUUCAAAGUCUAUAUAGUUUAAGCGUUUUUUAAACAGAACUGCACUCUGUGGAGUUUAAGGGAUCAGCCAGCUAUUGUUUGUUCUUUGAACUAAUUGUUUUAUGUUUUGUUAAUCACCCAGUUUGCCUCUAAUUUUCUUGCAGUGAAAAAAAAGAAUUUUGCACUGAACUUCUGUUAAAUUAUUCUUAUACUAUUGUGAUUGUUUUUGAAUAAAUUGUUCUCUAGA